CCUCCACAGCGCGGAGGAAUACACUGUUUGAAGGGAAGUAGUUCGUGUCGUUUUGCCCGCCUCCAGACAGACAUUCAGCGGCAGUCGUCCAUUUCUUUUCCUUGCCAGCGCUAACACCGACAGCACCAACCGAGGCAGACAUGGCGGACCAGCUAACAGAAGAGCAGAUCGCAGAGUUCAAGGAGGCCUUCUCCUUGUUCGAUAAAGAUGGAGAUGGAACCAUCACCACCAAGGAGCUGGGCACAGUCAUGAGGUCACUGGGUCAGAACCCCACUGAGGCCGAGCUCCAGGACAUGAUCAACGAAGUGGAUGCAGACGGAAACGGAACUAUUGACUUCCCAGAGUUUCUGACGAUGAUGGCCAGGAAGAUGAAGGACACCGACAGUGAGGAGGAGAUCAGGGAGGCCUUCAGAGUCUUCGAUAAGGAUGGCAACGGCUACAUCAGUGCGGCAGAGCUGCGUCACGUGAUGACCAACCUGGGAGAGAAACUGACGGACGAGGAGGUGGACGAGAUGAUCAGAGAAGCCGACAUCGACGGAGACGGACAGGUCAACUAUGAAGAGUUCGUUCAGAUGAUGACGGCCAAAUGAACUUCUGCUUCGAGACAAAGAGUUGGUCAAAUGUUUCACUUACCUCUUACUGCGACACCUACAUUUCUUCAUACUGUUGUGUACAAACAACUUCAAAGUGAACGUUGAAAAACUGAAAAUCCUCCCCGUAGAAAACAAGCUCAAAAAAGGUAAAAAACAAAACCAGAAAAAC